AUGUCUCAAGCAAAUGGGUUGGCCGAUUUCGAAAAAGAGCUGGUAUGCUCGAUUUGUACCGAGCUCUUCUACCAACCCCUCACCCUCCUCGAUUGCCUCCACACUUUCUGUGGCUCCUGCGUGAAAGAAUGGUUCUCCGCACAAGGGUCGCGGCCCUCCCGAAACUCACCCCGAUUCACCUGCCCAUCUUGUCGCGCCGAGGUGCGCGAUACCCGCCCGAAUGCCACAGUGACAACUCUCUUGGGCAUGGUCUUGGAUGCGCAUCCAGAUCGUGCCAGGUCCACUGACGAGAAGGCGGAAAUUGCACAACGUUACACCCAUGGGGAAUCUGUAUUUCCGACACCUGCAUCCGGUGGCGAGAGCGCAGAAGACGAUCAGGAUGAUGGACGACUACUGGAUGAAGUGCGCGAGCUGAGUCUUCGCGAAAGUCGGGCGCAUGCAAGGCGGGAGGCUCGUCGGACGGCAAAUUCCUCGCGGACUCGGGACAGCGGACACACCGAACGACAUGCGACCGAGGGUCGGUCAAGACGUCGAAGGGAGGAUCGCACACCGGGCCCCGAUGGUACGGAGCGGUCACGGCGCGUUGAGCAUCAAUCCAGCUUACGGUCGCUGUUGAGUUUGUCGUCAGAUAUGGAGACCAUGGAGGAAGAAAUAUUGCGCCAAAUUCUCGAGGAAGGGCUUUUGGAUGACAUCAACCUGGAUAAUUUGGGACCCAGACAAGAGGAGGAGCUCAGUGAACGCAUCGCGGAGGCGUAUCGCCGAAGGCACAUGCGGCAAUCGCGAUCAAGGCAGCGACAAGACCAUGAUCAGAGACAGGAGUCGGAUAACGAUUCACGAGCGCAUAGAUCAGAUUCCACACAGAGAACUGCAGAGUCAACUCCCGCCACUCGAGAGCACAAUGAUAGACGGCCGCCGGUUUCCAGACCGCAUCUGCUGCAUGCAGCACCGACGCGACCGAGCGUUUCAGGUCACCAAAGGCGAAACUCAGAACAAGGUAGGGUGCGCCGACGCACCUCGCCUGUUCGAACAAAUCAGGCAUCUGCGUCAGAUGAUGCCAUACGGCCCGCUGUUCGGUCUUCGAGUGAUAUGACUGCGGAUCGGACUCACCCCUCUCAAACUGGACGGAUACGUUCAGAAUCCUCAUCAGCCAGACCGCGACGCGCAACUGAGUCGGGACAAAACGCUACUAGUGUCUGGGCAGCAGGCGGACGAGAAAGAAGUUCUCAUAGACAAGCGGCCAGCGAAUCGGCUACAGGCUCUCCAGCUGCUGCUAGUGCACCGUCUACGCCUCUCCAGUAUUCGGCAUCCACCGAGCAUAAUUUGCCUUCCAUGUCCUCACCUCUUGUCCCGAACAGGUCGGAGCGAAGGACGAGAGCAAUAUCCUCUCGACCCAGCGUCCCCGCGUCUCCCCCUGUACAAUAUGUCGAGCCCUCAAUAUCUUGCGACAGUUGCAAAAAGACCAACAUCCAGUAUGAUCUACACAAACAAUGCAUGCAAUGCAACAACGGCAAUUAUCAUCUCUGCCUUCGAUGCUAUCGGCUGGGCCGUGGCUGUCAUCGAUGGAGCGGGUUCCGUGCGUCGGCAAAGGCCAACUUUCAGAGAAUGGUUGCUUCCUCUACUCAUCAGCCUAUACAUAUCAAUGAACCAGGCCACGUAAUGCUCUGGUUCAAAUAUCAACGUCCGGCAGAGACAUCUACGAACACGGCGCAUGGCGAGCGACAAAUGACCAGUGACAACCCUGCUCGCCGCCUGAAAAGUGGUCUCUUCUGUAACAUGUGUCAAUCAACGGCAAACGACUGCUUUUGGGAAUGCAGAAAGUGUAACGAUGGAGAUUGGGGCUUCUGCAACUCCUGCGUUAACCGAGGACAGUGUUGCACCCACGCCUUGCUUCCCAUACGUCGCAUAGCCCACAGCCAACCUGCAGCAUCUUCAUCUACUAUGCACCCACAACUAUCCACCGAAGCUCUCGCUACUCCUACUCUCCCGUCUGAGAUCGAGAAUUUCAAAAUCCUGUCAUUCUCAACGAACUGUGAUAUUUGCACCUACCCAAUCCCGGCAUCCAACACACGCUACCACUGCCUCAAGUGCAACGGCGGUGACUAUGAUGUCUGCAAAAACUGCUAUCUAAAACUGGUUGCCACAGGCAAAAUCAGCCGGGAAAACGGCCAUCAAGGCUGGCGGCGCUGUUUAGCCGGUCAUCGAAUGAUCACAGUCGGCUUUGAGGACCACGAAGAAGGCCAGCGCCGCGCCAUUGUGAAUGAUCUUGUCGGUGGCCGUGCUCUGAAAGAUGAGCACGUAGCGCAACCGCAACCGCAGUCCCCUGCCUCCCCGGCAGUCGGUGGCCCAGUCGCAUCACCCAAGUUAGGCUCUGGUGGUUGGAGCUGGAAGGAAGACCACGGCCCUGAGCGGCGGAAGAAGGCAUCCCGCAUUCGCGGUACCGCUCUCGCCCUUACCAGUGGAGGCCAUGUGUCUUCUUCUGAUCUUUCAUCUCAAGCCGGUACCACAAGUGCCAGCCCUGUUCAGAGCGUUUCACUACUUCGCAAGUUCCCCCCUAAUGGUGGUGUUGGUCUCGUCGUCGAGGCUAUUUGGUCUUGGUAUCCCGAAGAAGAUGUCGUGGAUGAAUUGGUGUUUCCACGGGGUGCAGACAUCACCGAGGCGGAAAACAUCAAUGACGAUUGGUUUUGGGGUUGCUAUGCUGGAAAGACCGGGUUGUUCCCCGGUGCGCAUGUCAGAGUUGUGAGGGAAAUCAAGUAA